GCAGGAAACACUAUCUUGGGGAGAAAUGCUUUUGAAUCUCGUCCAUCUUUCUCUUCUGUUACAACAGCCUGUGAGAAGAAAGAAAUUGUUGUCUGCCGUCAAACAGUGGCUGUGAUUGAUACUCCAGGUCUGUUUGACACCAGAAUGUCAAAUGACGAGGUGUUUGCAGAGAUCGCUACGUGCAUCUCCUUUGCUGCUCCUGGUCCUCAAGUGUUCCUGGUUGUGCUGCAGGUCAACAGAUUCACAGCAGAAGAACAAAGAACUGUAGAAAUCAUUCAGGAGAUGUUUGGAGAGAAAGCAAAAAAUUACACUAUGGUCUUGUUCACACAUGGAGACUUGUUGGGAGAAAACAGCAUAGAAGAAUUAAUGAGUGAAAAUAAGCAAGUUAGAGAACUCAUUAAUCAAUGCUCUGGAGGAUAUCAUGUUUUUAACAACAGAGAUGGAGGUCAAUCGCAAGUCCGAGAACUGCUGACGAAAAUCAAUGCAAUGGUUCAGAGAAAUGGAAGAAAAUACUACACCAGCAGUAUGUUCAAAGAUGCCCAGAAAGCAAAAAGAGAAGAAAUGGAGCGCCUUCUGGGAGAAAAUCUUCAGAUGGAUUUUGAAGAAGCAAGAAGAAGGGCAGAGAGUAGUAACAAAUUCAUUUGGGCUGUUUUAAAGUGUGCUUCUGUUGGAGCUGGUGUUGGAGCUAGUGUUUUCGGUCUGGGAGGGCCUGCAGGAGCUGCAGUAGGAGCUGCAGUAGGAGCUCAACUGGGAGCAGUAGUGGGAGCCACUGUGUCUGCAGCGAUGGCUGUGACAGAGAAAGCAUGCAUCAUACAGUAAAAUUGGGUAUUAAUUAUACCUCAGGUGCAGGUUAUGAAAUCACAUCAUAACAGAGAUACAAAUAAAUAACCAGAUUUUUCAGUAAUUGUCUGCUUUUUCAGCACAAUGCAGCAUCUUUCCUUGCUGUUUUUUUUUUCUUGCUGCUUUCAGGUGUUAGAGGAACAUCUUCAUUUCAAAC